UGAAGUUGUGUAGACAAAUCGCGGAUUACGAAAGUUGCUGGGUGUGAACCUGAAGUGUCAGCUUUCUAACACAAAAUAUCAAGUGUUUUGCAGAGUUAUGUGAACAGCCUUGUAACCGUGGACUAACAGACUGAGGAUAAACUUUUGUCAACAUUCAGCACCUUGCGGUGCCUGUCGACACGGCUUCAGCAGCUUAACGUUAGCUAGCUGGCUAACUGUUAGCUUCUCCCACCACCGGAGAGCUGACGACACAUGGUUCAUGAGAGAGCACAGCCGCUGUCAGAGAGCUGGUGUAACUACGGCAACUCCUCCUUUGGCCGUAUCUUCCCUAUUUUGGUAUCUGGCAGUGCCGAGCAGGGACGGCCUUGACAUUAACAUGAUCACAAACAAGGCACGAUAAACUGUCACAAGAGGGAGGAUCAGCACGAUGGAGACACCGGGCAGAAUCACUAGCUUCAACUUUUCAUAUGAGGAGGAGGAAGACCCGGACUCUCCUGCUCUGUCCCCCGCAAUGUCCAUUGACAAGCUCUUCCCGGCUCUCUUGGAGUGCUUUGGGAUCAUCCUGUGUGGAUAUAUCGCCGGGAGGGCGAACAUCAUCACCACCACCCAGGCCAAAGGAUUGGGGAAUUUUGUGUCCAAGUUUGCCCUCCCCGCGCUGCUGUUCAAGAAUAUGGUACUGCUGGACUUUGGUAAUGUCAUCUGGUCAUUUCUCUGGAGCAUCCUCAUCGCCAAAGUGACUGUGUUUUUCAUAGUCUGCGUACUCACACUGAUAGUCGCCAGUCCUGAGAGUCGCUAUAGUAAGGCUGGGCUCUUCGCAAUAUUUGCCACACAGAGCAAUGACUUUGCGUUGGGAUAUCCUAUAGUUGAAGCCCUAUAUCAGAGCACAUACCCAGAGUACCUCCAGUACAUCUACCUGGUCGCACCUGUGUCCCUGAUGCUUCUAAAUCCCAUCGGCUUUGCCUUCUGUGAGAUCCAGAAGUGGAAGGAUGAGGGAAACCACCAGCAGAGCAAACUUAUGAUAGUGGGACUUGUAGUUUUACAGGUCUUAAAGAACCCUAUUGUAUUCAUGGUUGUCAUUGGCAUCAUCGCCCACUUUGUCCUGCACCAGACAAUUCCUGCCUUCAUGGCUGAAUUUGUGGAUGGCUUGGCCAAUUCUUUCGGGGGAGCAGCUCUGUUCUACUUGGGUCUGUCCAUGGUGGGGCAGUUAGGGAAACUGACCAGAUCCACCGUUGUUACACUGAUAUUACUCAUUACCGCAAAACUGUUGCUAAUGCCCCUGAUUUGUAAGGACAUGGUGGAUCUGUUGGACAACAGCAACACCAGCACUUUGAACCACUCAAGCCUCUCCAAUUAUGCCUUUCUUUAUGGAGUGUUUCCUACUGCACCAAGUGUGGCUAUCUAUGCUGUCUAUUAUAACGCGGAGCUAGAAGUUGUAACCUCUGGGAUGGUGAUCAGCACUUUUCUCUCAGCUCCAAUAAUGUAUGUUUCUGCCUGGUUACUUACAAUCCGCUGGAAGGAUCCUCAGUUUUUGAUGAAUGCACUGCAGAAUGUCAGCUUUAACAUAAGCAUAGUGAGCUUAGUUGCACUGGUGUGGACAAUUGCUGUCAUGUUUUUAAGCAAGAAAUUCAAGAGGCUACCUCACAUGUUUACUGUCAACCUUUUCUUGGCACAGUUUCUAACUUGCAUUGGGAUGAUCCUGUGGAACUUUGUGGUGAAAGGAGACAACUUCAUCGGGCAGGUCCUGGCUUUCACAUUAAUAUGUACCUCGCUCUACAGUACUUACGUGUGGCCAGGUUUAAUAGCACUCUCACUUGUGCUCCUGAAAAGGUUUGAGGAUCUGAAAGUUUCACCAGGCAUGUUCGUCAUUGCAGGCUGGGGGAUACCAGCCUUACUAACUGCUGUCUUGCUCAUAUCUGGGGAAAAAAUGUCUGGCACGAUUGACUCAACAUUCUUUUAUGGCAAACAGCAGAUAAUCAGCACCAUAGUCGUAGUCGCCUUCAGCAUACUGCUGGGAGGGGGUUCACUUGUGUGUCUCAGUAGAGGAAGCUGGGCCCAGAGUGACCAAGUCCAAGAGGGAAACUCUUCAUCUGGCAGUGGAGAGAAUCUUGUGACUGAAGUUGAACCAGAAAACCAGACUCUGGUUGAGCCAGUCACCCCAUCAGGAGAUCUCAACAGAGCAUGCCUCAUAUGUGACUGUGCACAGCCGCAGCCCAUGCCUGACAUGAUCAUCAGCACAAAUAUGAACAACAUACCAACCACACUCACAGGUCAAUGUGAGAACAGGUGUGAGUCAACAGAGUGUCUGCUUGUCCAAGUGGAAGAGCUUCAACAGGUUGCAGAUAGACAAGUGGCCCGUCAUGUGCUCUUAUGUCUGCUUCUGACUGUCAGCUUGCUUGCUAACUUGUCCAGCUGCUUGUGGUUGCUAUUUAACCCCAUCCCUGGUAGACUCUACUUGGAGCUGCAGUUCUUCUGUGCUGUGGCCAACUAUGGACAGGGUUUUCUCUCCUUUGCUCUGUUUGGGCUGGACAAGCAUUUGAUUCUGUUACCAUUUAAGAAGAGGUUAUACAAUCUGUGGUAUGGAAAGAAGCGAGAAGAGCAGCUGCAGAGUGAUUUACCAGAGGAUAUCAGAAUGACCUGCACGCAGUUCACUAAAUACCACAAAGACCAGUGUUUUCAUGAUAUUGUUAAAAAGAGAAGGUGUGGAAAGAGGACUAUGGUGGACUGUUUUUUUGGCUGUGAACUUGUGGAGUGGCUUCAGCAGGUGGGCUUGGCUCAGGACCGUGGUGAGGCGGUACUCUAUGGGAUGCGGUUACAACAGGGCGGUGUGCUCCAGCACAUCAAGCAGGAAUACGGCUUCCAAGACAGUCGCCUGUAUUACCGCUUCAUGACAUAAGUCAAAAAGGUCAAAGUUGACAGCUGUUUAAUCCUAAAGGUACAUCCUGAGGUGGUAUAACAGGAGGAACAAGUACUAGCACCCAGAUUUAAAAUUCUGUUUGCACUGCCAUGCUGUUGUCCACACCCUGUACAGUACAGCAUUUUACAUUGCACUGUUGUGCGGCACAACAUCACAGUUGGAUGUUAGAACCGAACACAUCUGACCGUGAUGUUAGGUGUGGUCAGAAGCACAACAGACUUGAAACUAAAAGGCCAGGGUAUUAUGCAAUGUGUGGAGUUGGUCUUAAAGGGAAUUAAUUAGUAAAGUACAUGUAGAACAUGUAUGCUGAACAAUGUAUGGGGAAAUUUUUAAUCACCUUGUUAUUUUUGCCAUUUUACAUUUAAUAAUUCACAUUUUGGAAUUGUGGCACCAUUGCUAAUCAGUCAGGGCAGAAACAAGAGCUUUCAGAUGAUACACAGUAAACUCCCUGAUUAACAGUUACACCAAAAACAUUUGUUUUGUGGUGAAACUGAAAGUGAGACUAACAGAAGUGGUAGUUAUAAUCUCUUGUGGAAAAUCGAAACAUGGACCUAACGCUUAAUACAGUGCGUUAAGAGUUUCAUCAGGAAGUCAGUCCUCAAAUUCUAACAAAUGUCUAUCACAGACAGAUUGGGCAAUAAUGUUAAGGUCUGUCACUUUCUGGUAGUUUAUUUACAUGUCUGUUCAUGUUCCUGAUUGACUCUUGUAGUAAUGUUGCUGCAUCCUUUAAUGUGCAAUGAAGCUGUUUAGUAAUAUUUUAACAUGAUGGGACUCAUUCCUAAAACUAAGCUAGACUAGACUUAUUGUCAUGCAGUAAAUAUGUGUACUUGAAAUUUGAGUAGAUUUAUUUCAUGCCAUUAUGUGAGAAAUAAUCGACAAAAAAGGUGCCCUAACAUGCCAAAUUAGAGGUGCAGGUAAAAACUCCUACUCAUCCAGUGAAUGCAUUUGUUAUAUUCAUACACCUCAGGUUGUAUUUUCACUCUUCUAUCAAAGCUACUUUCCAGAGGAAAGAAGGGAAGUUGAGUCUUUAUCCAUUUUUAUGGUUUGUUUGUUGCCAGUUUAAUUUAUAAUUAAAUGACUUUCACCAGUUAGUUAACUGGUAAUGUAGCAUGCAGCGUAAGUAUUGUUGCUUUGGUUACCUGCAGCUUAAUGAGACUUGAUACUGACAUAGAACAGUUAUUACACUGUUUACCAGGACUAAGUGAGCAGUAUGCACAAAGUAACUGGUCAGUUUGAAAAAAAAAAGUAUUCUCCAUAUUUCCAUGGCCUUCUUAUAAUUGUUUUAUUAUUUUUUAAUGACAACAAAAGCAAACUGCCUGUUGAAAAAUGGCCAUCUCCAUUAAUAAGUCCUGACCAUAAUGUGGUAGCAAGGCUCAAGGACUGAAUACCUGAAUAUGUGUCAGAUCUAAGUGUUAAUGGAUAUGGUUAUUUUAAAGUGUUCACCUUGACUCUGUAAAACACAGUAUCCUCCACAUAAACAUUAUGUACUUGGAAGCCUCAUGAAAGUGAGUUAGGUGCGAGCUGCUGUAAUUCUAAAUUUCUCUCAGGUUUAUAGUAAUAUAAUUAAAAAUCUUUUUUUAAGUGCAAAGUUUUGUGU